AUGCUUUUAAAGUUCGCCUGCUUUCCAAACACUUCCUCUCCUCCACUUCCGCGCCAGCAGCAAUCUCAACCUACACAUCGAAACAUCGAAGCUUCUGAUUCAUCUUCGCAACAUCCUCCACAAUCACCGACACGCCGGAUCCCCAUGGCCAACGCACGCCAUUUGACUGUCGCCGAGAUCAAGUGUCGCACGACACACAUCACCCGCACCGAAGCUUCCCUCGUCGUCGCAUUCGUCAUCUUCACCGUCACAGCCGCCGUCAUCCUCCCUCUCUGGUUAUACGACGAGAGCGGCAACACCACCAAGCUGCUCGAAGUGUUUCUUGGUCGGAGUCGUACUCAUGCUUGUGUUGUUUUGUGGCCUGGACUACGUCCAUGCCAGCGUGGUGCUGACAUUGCAGGAUAUCGAGAAACAAGUCCGAGCGUCAUGCACCCGCUCUACGUCGAAAACUUCAUUGCUCUUCCCGUGAGCCGCGCUUACGCUGCUACCAAGCUCACGGAGUACAUCCUCCCAACCCCCGGCCAGCCAGAUGAUGCCGAUUACUGGUCUAUCAGCAUGAUCGCGUCCCUCAUCACCGGCGCCGUCACGAUCGCGGUCCACUUCCCAUCCGAUCGCUGGAACAACGUACCGGUCGACCGAGUGACGAUGGCCGUCGAGAAAUUCCUCCACACUGUUUUCAUCCCGACAGCAGUCAUCAUUCUCCUGAUCGCAUACAAGAAAAACCACCUCAGUCCCUUCUAUUGCAGUCUCCUGGCUGUGUACAUUAUGGAGGCUUUCUGUCAUGCCACAAACAGCUGGUUGAAGAUCACGAAGAAGCAGGCCGACGAUUCUGUACGCAAGCUUCCGGAAGGAGCCAACAUCGACGACAUCCCCCUUCCAGAGGGUGGAACAACGGCAUGA